AGCAAAGAGGACUUUGCUGUCUCUGUCACCUAUGUCUGUCCUACUGGUCAAGUGGUGAGAAAUGGACAGUGCGGUGAGUCAACAUUUAGUCAUGAACUUGGGGAUAAACAUUGAGGCUUUAGAUCUUUUUCAUAGUAAUCCCAAGGAUAAUUGUGGGGAGUGUGGGGGAUAAGGGUUUUGGGAUAGGGGGUGUGGGAUCAGAGGUUUGGGAUGGGGGGGGGUUGUGGGAGCGGCGGAGAGGUUUGUAAUCUUGUGAAUGAAUGAAUGUGAUGAAACCAUAAAAUGUAUGGAAUGAUUUCAAUGAGCUGGGUGAACUAUUUGGUAGACAGUUAUAAAUGGGUUUUUCUGUUCAUGGUCAACUAUUCUUAAGUUUGUCUUCACAGUCCCACCAACCAACUGGAUUGUUUUUACUCACUAUGUGAUGCAUAUGAAUAGUGUUGUAUUUUUUAAUAUAUUUUAUUAAAAGAUAUUCAAUGAGGCAAUGAUGCUAUAAGACAGCAUAUGAAGUGAUUUGUUUCAUAUGUCAAGGAUGGACUGUGAGGCAAUGAUGCUAUAAGACAGCAUAUGAAAUGAUUUGUUUCAUAUGUCAAGGAUGGACUGUUAGACCUACGUGGUUAGGCAGUGUUCGAAAUAGUUUUUUGUUUCAGUGUUUGAGACUUUAAUACAUCUUUGAAGUUGGGAAUACUGUAGAGUAUUCCAUUCACAUAGGUCAUUAUCUUCUUAACCCCUUUUGAGGCGGAGACUUUUUUGGACUGUUGGUGCCAAGAAGACAGGAGCUCUUGUCACAGGCCCUGCACUUAAUUUACAAUGAUUAAACUAUAUAUAUAUAUAUAUAUAUAUUUUUUUUUUUUAUUUUUUUUUAGGGAAUUGAAUGAACUGAAAGCACUCUUUAAGAAUCAAACUGAAAUCUCAACUUUUUUUUUUGCAAAUGAGAUUUGCAAUUUUUGUUUCACUUUAACAUGUCUUCCUAGCAAAAUUUUGUUUAAUUUUCAUCUAAUUGUUGAAGCCAAAAUAAGUCCUAACAAAUAUUUGAAUGAGAUUCGAGAUUCAAUGUGGAAAAACUGCAUAAAAUAUUUCCCUGUGGCUUCUUGUGCCUUUUAGAAUAUUUCAAGGUCACUUAGGUUUCAGCGUUUAUAGGGGUCACUGGGUAAAAUAAAAUUGCUAUAAAGUGAUAGACCACCAUUUACUAUCAAUGGAAGCUGCCAUUAAAAUGGCGAGAUGAGCAAGAAAUGGGAGAAGCAAUCUGAUUAUUUGCUACAGAGACCAGCCAACCAAUCUCAAGGCUUGUAUUAUUUGGGCUGAUGGGUUAAUAAUGUCAUGUCUGCAUGUUAUGAAUGUUUUGACCAGUACUCCUUGCACUGUUAGUUUUUUACUUCCUUAUAUUAUGAGAGUGUUACACCAGACAGAAUAGAUUUUACAGUGAGUCCCAUUUGAGACAGUUAAGGUUUAAAGUUUCAUUUUUUUAGAUAAAUGUAUUUUUUAAGGAACAAAAUUAAUUCAUGGAGGGUGAGAUGAUAAUGGUCUUCACUGUAAAUGACAGCAGUUUGCUAUAAAUGACAGUGGUCUUCACUAUAAAUGACAACAGUGUUCACUAUAAAUGAUGGUGGUCCUCACUAUAAAUGACAGCCGUCUUCACUAUAAAUUACAGCGGUCCUCACUAUAAAUGACAGUGGCAUUUACUAUAAAUGACAGCGGCAUUUACUAUAAAUGACAGCUCAUUAUUAUUUUUAAUCAGUCUUUAAACAUGCCAGUUUUUUUUAUAAAUUUAUUUGUAUUCCUUUCAGUGUCCUGUGGUCCGGGGACUUAUUACAACUCAAGUGUUGCAGAGUGCGAGAACUGCCCCAAGGGCCAGUUUUCAGAAACGUAUGGGCUAUCUUCUUGUUUGAGUUGUCCAGCAGGACAGACGACGCCUCGCAAGGGGAGCGACUCUUCAUCUUUGUGUACAAGUCAGUGUUGUUGCAUUUAACCUUAUUAUGACCAAAUCUUUAGGCACCUUUCUAGAUAUUGGCCAAGUUCUCCUGUAUGUGAACACACACUCAAACACUAUUCAUCAUACUGAGCAUUUUCAAGACAUUGGGUACCUGAUGUCUCUGUUGAUAUGUGAUGUCUGUCUCUGUAGAUAUCUGAUCUCUGUUGAUAUCUGAUGUCUUUCUCUGUUGACAUCUGAUGUCAGUCUCUGUUGAUAUCUGAUGUCUGUCUCUGUUGAUCUGUUAUCUAGACUAUUGUUGUGUAGGUUAUAGUUAAAUAUGCUAUUGUCUAAACCCACGUAAUGAAUGUCCUGUUUUCUAAAGAACUGUCUAAUCACCUCACCUCUUGCACAUACACACAAACAUAACAAUAUUAUUGCUUGUUGGGGAAUAAGAUAAAAAUUUAUUUUAAAAGUUGUGGUAAAAAGUAUUACAUUCACAUAUUUUGUUUUUAUAUUGGUCAGUGAAAUGAAAUAGAUUUAUGUUUUAUAUUGGAUGGGGGCAUAUCACUGAUAUUAAGGUGCAUUGGUCAAGUUAAUGUUUGCCUUUGUUUGAAAUUGUUAUAGACUAUGUAGAUUCUGGAAACGAGCACAGCCAAACCUGCAAGAUGGCUUAGUGCUAGUAUGUUAAUAGAAUAUAAAUUAUUUUAAUUAAAACCCAGUAGCACAUUGAAAUAUGUGUGUAAUUAUAAAGAAUGAAACAAGGAGAAUAAAAGUUAGUUUUAGAACUAACUAAAAAGUGGUCAACUUAAUGUGUCACAUUCAAAUGCUCUAAAACGGAGCUCCGUGACCAGUGUGCCAUAUUUGAAGAUAAUAUGGGGUUAGAAAUAAAUUGUUAUAAUUUCACAAUGCAUUGCCUUUGUGUUCCCAGCAUAACACUAUUUCAAGAUUUUAAUUUGAACUCCAAUAUUUGUGAUCAAUGAUAUUUAACAUGACUAAUCAAUGCAAGCUCCUCUAAAAUGAUCCUUUUGUGGCCUAACAUGAUCAGCUUUAUGAUACUAGUGAAUGAUUUUUAAAAAAGCAACAUUGGAAUGAGAUUUUCUACCAAAUUUUAAUGAGACAAAUUAAACGGUCUCAAACGAAAACCCAAUGUUUUGCCAAAGGUAAAAAUCAGGCCAAAUAUUUAUGGACUAUAACAAAGAACAAAACUGGUUAUUAUCCAAAAGAAAUCAUGCCUAUUUGGAUCUUAAAGACUAGAUCUGGCAUUAAGGCAACAUAAAUAUGGUCAUAAUAUGGAGGAAAAGAAUGAAACAUUUUGGUAUUAUCUCCAAAAAUUCUGGAUAGCAACUUAGCGGCAUAGCUAGAGAUUGUGUUGCUCAGUGGAAUGAUAGUGAAAUGUGAGUUGCUUCAUCAGAUAUUGAAUUAAACAUGAAACAUCUUCCUACAGCAAACAAGUUUAAAAGUUUCCAAUGUUUUAUGUUUUAAUGUUUGUCUGAGAAAUUAUUGGGAGUUCCUAGAUGUGCCACGGGAGGGCAUAAGCUGUGGAACACUGCUCUAAAAUACUAGUUUUCAUCUUAUGACAGAACAGAAACAAAAACAAAAAAAACUUUCUUUACACCCCCAGUCAAGUCUUAUGAAUAAAAUUUUUUUUUAAUGUGUUCUUGUGUCCAAGCAUUUUAUUUAAUUAUUUUGUAUAGAUUAUAUUUUAUACUGCAUAUUACCUUGCAGGUAAAUUAAACACCCAUCUUACAGGAUAAACACAAAAACAAUGUAAAACAGUUGAGAUAAAAUAUUCACUUUUGUGAUAAAUCUCAUCUUCUUGAAUAAAUGUUCCUGAAUUAUUACAGAGGGUAUAAAUAUAGUCAUUUUUUAAAUAUAAUUUCAUAUUAUUUCAGGUAUUUGUCCAGCAGGUCAGCAGGUCAAUGAGUCCACAAAUGUGUGUACUGACUGUCCAGUAGGAUUCUACAGAAAUGUUUCAUUGAGUGGGCAGUGUCAGGAGUGUCCAGCUAACUACACAACUUCUGGUCGGGGCUCAACAUCUAGAGAUAAUUGUUUUAUUGGUAUGACUUUCUAUUUUCGCACACAUAAAUUAUUUCACACCAAUAAGAACUAUUUUAGAAGUGGUGAGCAUUUAUUUGGUUCCGCCAAGUGUUAGUACAGCAUUUCUUUGGCAAGUUAUGUGUGGUGUUACAGCCAAGUCUGUAGGUACAGCAGCCAAGUCUGUUGGUACAGCAGCCAAGUCUGUUGGUACAGCAAAGUCUGUUGGUACAGCAAAGUCUGUUGGUACAGCCAAGUCUGUUGGUACAUCCAAGUCUGGUGUUACAGCCAAGUCUGUUGGUACAGUAUAGCCAAGUGUGGUGUUACAGCCAAGUCUGUUGGUACAGCAAAGUGUGUUUGUACAGCAUUUAUUUUGGUAACGUCUGGUGUGUUAAGAUUAUAUAUCCUUAAUAUUAGUGAGUUUCUUAUUUAAAAAUAGAAAAAAUUAGGAAAUAAUUUAUACAAAUAAUUUUAAUGAUAUUUUUUCCUAAAGUAACAUUUCCCAGUCUAAUCAGCUUAGCAAUAAUGGGAUAAAUCUCAAUGUUGUUUUUACCCAUAAGGAAACUAUACCAAUCUAAGCAGUUAAGCAAUAAUUGAAUUUAUCUCACUUACAUUUGUCCCUAAAGCAGACUUCUGUAUUUGUGAGUUAGUAAAUUUUAAAAGUAUGACACCUGAGAAAAUAAUAUUUACAAACAAUAUAGAUGAUGUUCUUACCUAAAGUGACAUGUAUCAGUCUAAGCAGUUUAGAAAUAAUGGAUUUUAUCUCAAUGAUGUUUUUUACCCAUUAGGAAACUGUACCAAGCCAGGAGAGUACAGGAACUCAACAUCCAACCUUUGUGAGGUCUGUCCGGUGGGGACAUACAACAGUGAGAAAUGGCAAGAGGAAUGUAAGACAUGCCCGGCUGGCAACACAACAAAAUCAAC